CGGUCACAUGGAUACGUUCCGUGCGGGGCAUCCGCGAACAAAAACGCCCCGCAUCCGCGGGGUCGUGGCCCAGGGGCCCGGCCCGCGAGGCCGCGGAUACGGAUGUUUUCGCCCACGACAGAUGCCAGAGCAUUUAAAUGAGAGCCACUGUGAGCGGCACCUUGGGACGUAUGACGGCCCGACAAUAUUCUACAGUCUGCCCUGCUGCGCGGCAACGCCUAAGCCCCGGAAAUUCUCCCCUCCGGGGGGCGCUCCUUCCCUCCUUUGGGUAAGCUCUUCAAACGACGUCAACCCGUCGAAGGGUCCCUUCUCACACGCACAAGCACAAAGUCCGAUCGAGCGCCCUAGGAUGUCUCGUCCCGCUUGCGGGAACGGCGUGAUUCAUGCAUGGAAGAAGAAAACGUGCAUCGGAUAGAUGCAAAAAGUUAAAGGAUAGAUGCAAAAAGUUAAAGACACCCCUCGCGGAUUGCUACACACAGCCUCGCAUGUAUGACAAGUGCUGACACAGAAAAUCCUGCACGAACCUGCCGGGGGAAUUCUGCAAAAUCCGCUCCAAACUGGUGUUGAAGCGAUCCCGAAGGCAAGAUACGGGAACAGGAGGAGAAAACGACUGGCAACAGCGGAAGAAAUACCAUCGAGAGGAGGAGUGGGGAGGAGAAGAAGGAUGACGGGGCGACCACACUGCUCUCUUCAAAACGAGUACCCAACCAUAGGAGGGUUGGGGAAAAGGUAUCCUCGCACCAGCGCGCCUGUGGGUGGCUCGCCAAGUCCGCAAGCGGGGCGGAUGAGAGCGAACUGCGUUCAUGCACUGGCAGCGGGAACUCUCCUAUCAAUGGCGCGCUAUUGGGUGGUCUGCCAAGUCUGCAAACCAAGCAUGAAGCACGGCACCUGUAGGUGGCCCGCAAACUCGGCAACCAGGGCGGAUGAGAAAACAAUGUGUCUCUACAUUGGCAGAUACCCCUAGUCUCCUAUGAAUGACGUGCCUUUUGAGUGCAUUGCCAUGUCUGCAAACAACGCAAGGAGCACGCCGAACAGAAAGCGACUGCACGGUGGGGGAUAGCAUCAACGCACCCGCGCGCAUUGCGUGUGGCCUGCGUCGCAGCCUAAUGCACCCACCAUCUCGGCCCCGAGAAGGUCAGUGCAUCUGAACAGAGAAAAAAAGCAACGCCAGGGCGUGGAGAGCAAGACAAGAGUAGACACGACAGGCGUGAGGGGUGUACCAGGAAGAACUAGCAUGCAAGGCGAUACGUCAAUGGCCAAGCACUGAAACAACAAUCGGCACAUACCCGCCGCAACUAAACGCUGUCCGAAUGCGUGGAAUCGUCUACUACGCCGACAGUUGCUAUGCGUCUCUUGCAGGAUUCGCAAGGCAACUCGUCCUGCAGAAUAUUGGCCGCAGAACAUGGUGUCUUUCUGGUUGUUGCACAGCACAACUUGCGGCUGAGCUCGUUACGCAACCUGCCCAGGGUGUCCAGAGUACCGUGCAGUCAGCAGCGGGAACUGUACAUACCCUGACAGAAGCUGCUAGAAAUCCUUCAGCGCAACUGCUGUUUCGUCGAAAAAGUAUCCUAGCACCAGCGCUCUGCGGGUGGCUCGCCAAGUCCGCAAGUGGGGCGGAUGAGAGCGAACUGCGUCCAUGCACUGGCAGCAGGAACUCUCCUAUCAAUGGCGCGCUAUUGGGUGGUCUGCCAGAUCUGCAAACCAAGCACGUAGCACGGGCACCUGUAGGUGGUUCGCAAACUCGGAGAGCAGGGCAGAUGAGAAAGAAAUGAGACACCCAUAGUCUCCUAUGAAUGACGUGCCUUUGAGUGCACUGCCCGGUCUGCAAACAACGCAAGGAGCACGCCGAACAGAAAGCGACUGCACGGGGGGGGAAGCAUCAACGCACCCGCGCGCAUUGCGUGUGGCCUGCGUCGCAGCCUAAUGCACCCACCAUCUCGGCCCCGAGAAGGUCAGUGCAUCUGAACAGAGAAAAAAGCAACGCCAGGGCGUGGAGAGCAAGACAAGAGUAGACACGACAGGCGUGAGGGGUGUACCAGGAAGAACUAGCAUGCAUAGCGAUACGUCAAUGGCCAAGCACUGAAACAACAAUCGGCACAUACCCGCCGCAACUAAACGCUGUCCGAAUGCGUGGAAUCGUCUACUACGCCGACAGUUGCUAUGCGACUCUUGCAGAAUUCGCAAGACAAUUCGUCCUGCAGAAGCAACCCACAAGAGGUACAUUGGCCGCAGAGCAUGGUGUCUUUCUGGUUGUUGCACAUCUUGCGGCUGAGCUCGCUCCGCAACCUGUCCAGGGUGUCCAGAGUACCGUGCAGCCAGCAGCAGGAACUCUCUGGUAUCCGAACGUUCCACUGCAGAAUCAAAUAACUCAGCGUGAGGAGCAGCGUGCUCAGCGGCGUCGGCAUGUAGUCUGGGUGGGCCAGCUGCCCUUGACCGACCUCUUGGCUAACUGGAGGCGACGUUGUCGCAUUGACCGAGGCCUCUUUGGGCUGAAGGGCGCCACGCUCGGGCAUGGGAGGCAGGCUGCUGGAGGCCAUGACAGGCACGAUUGAGCCGACGGUGGGGCUGCCAGCAUGCCUCAACCGGACUAAUCCUCUGAACUCCUCGAGCUCCGUUCCAGCCGACCCUGUGUUCCCGCCGCGAGAAUGUCCAGGGAAUUCCCACUCAAGGGUCGCCUGCGACAGCUCCCCGGCACCGACAUGGACCAACAAGGCUGACAACCCGCUGCUGACCUGGCGCAUCGUGGGACGCAGGGCAGGCGAGGACUGGAUGCACUGUUGGACCAUUGGCCGGCAGGCCUGCGUAAGCUCGUCGGCGGCAUCUGGCCACGCCAGACUGGGCGGCUUGCCCCGCCGUAGCAUCGUCAAUAUCUUCUCCGAACCAAUUGUCUCGAACGGCACCCGCCCUGAAACUAUGAAGUAUGUCACUAAACCGAAAGAGUAGCUGUCUGCGGAAGCAUCGGGGGGGACUGUGUCGCGCUGAAACAACUCUGGUGCCAUCCACCGCAUCGUGCCGCCCAAAGGCCUGGCACUCCGAGUGAUGAUCCGUGAAAGGCCGAAGUCAAGCAGCUUUGCGCGGCACGACCGUCGGCCCCUCUUGCUCAGGCACUGCUCCACGAAAAUAUUCGAGUCCUUCAGGUCACCGUGGACGACGACAGGCUGCUUCGAGUGCAGGUAUCGCAACGCAUUCAGGAUCUCAAAGACGAGCAGGGACCGUGUAGCAGCGCUGCUGGCUAGCACCCUUGCCUCUGGUGCUCCACCGCGCUCCUCCGCCGAGUGACCGGAGCUUCGGAGCAGCCCUUUGAUGAAUGUGCCCAGGGUCACGCCAUCGACAAGCUCGAGCACCAGACAAAUCUUGCUCAGGGCAACGUCCAUGCACGCACCGUAGAAGAACGCAACGUUGGGGUGACGAAUGCGCCUCUUGAAUAAUCCGGAGUUCGUUGCAGAUCGCGAACAAACCCUUCGACAAAAUGUCCUGUUUGGGCGCCUUCACAGCCACUAAGACGUUCUGGUAUACGGCAGGCGCAACGACACCAAAGCCGCCCUCUCCGAGAACCCUGCCAGGCAAGAGCUCCACCUCGUCGUUGGCGAUAAGCCAUUGUUCUGCAUUGCCAAUGGCACGGAUAUCUUCAAACGACGCAUGCUCAAGAUUGAGGUUGAAGGCCAUUUCACUUUUGGAUAUCCCUGGCUGUGACAAGCCAGCGAAUGCUCUAGCGGACUCCUCCGAUCCGAGAUCUUCGCCUCUCGAGGGCGGGCGUCCGACUGUCUGGGACAGCUGGAACUCGGCCUGGCAGCGCAUCUGCUUCUCCACCAGAAGCCCCACGAACAGUGUGCGCUCCUUGCUCUCCACAGCACGCUUCCCCAUCCCGGCAAGUAUCGUGAGCCCAAAAAGCCCUAAAACAUUGAAGGGCACCAUGUGGGGGCACGGGCUGCCGAGCAGCUGCACGGCCACGGGGUAGACCAAGACCAAAACGGCCUCCAUGGGAACGAGGCACGACCACCGGAUGGGCACGAGCAAAUGCAGAGCAGUGGAGAGCCCAUCUAUAAAAAUCACCACCAUGCCGUCGGUGCCGUCCAACUCAGCGCCCCAUACGGCCUCGGGGUCCUUGUAACCGAACGCUCGUGCCAUGUAGUGCUUCGGGAGAAGGUGUAAACAUAUCACAACGCAAACGCACGAACUGACAACCAAGAUCUCCAAAGCCAAGGUGCCAAUGAAUUCGUACAUGGCAAGGACUUUCGCGAUGCCAAGGAAAAUGAUCAAGGGCACCACGGAACCGAAUAAUAAUAACAUCUGCCAUCUGCUCAGCUUGUAGGCGUCCGCCGUGUGAUACUGGGAGGCGUCCCAGAACCUGAACACAAGCGUGGCAACAACAAGGACGAAGCAGAGGGUGGCCAUCAACUGCGUGAUGGUUUGGCAUAGGCGCGGCUUCAGGGUAUGCGCGAAUCCCUUCUCUUGCAGUGGGUCCAAGAAUCUCAACGUGAGGCUGUCCAUCCCGUUCUCAUACCUCGCCCAGCAUAUGGAAUGCCCAUCGCAAGUAGCAACCACCAUCGCCACAAGUCGGUCUCACAGUCUGUAUGCCCUAUGCACGGUUGCUUCGAUACAAGCUGUUUUGGCUUGAACUCGCACGUUGUGCAAAAGGACGUGAGCCUAAAUUGGUACGGGGAUGCGGCCGCGACAUCUGUU